AUGGUCGCCACUCUCCUCUCUCUCCCCCGCGAGGUGCAUCUCCUCAUCGCCGACAAACUCACUACUUUCCGCGACAAAUCCUCCCUCGCCCGCACCAGCCGCGGGCUCUACCACAUCAACCGCUAUCUCUACCGCUACGCCAUUCGAUCUGGCUUCGAACUCAAUGGUCCUCCCCUCGACACCAUCAAGCUGCUCGGGCGCUACUGCAUCCUUACCCAUCUCGUCUCUCGCGACCGCCGCGGACUGCCGGGACUAAGCCGCUUCCUCGAGCACGGCCUAGAUAUCGAAAUCAAACUCAGCUCGGAACCCAUCCCAUUGCUUGCGUUCGCCAUGGAGACGCAUCGGUACGAGUGGGUUCGGUUCCUCCUCGAGAGAGGUGCGAACCCAAGUGUCAGCGGCGGUGUCAAGCGCGGCGGACUCUCAGUACUGGGAAUGGCCGUGCGUGACGAAAAGUGUGGCCUGGCAAGGUUACUCCUCGCUGAAGGCGCGGAUGUCAACAUGGCCGACGCUGCCGGGAAGAAACCGCUUUACGAUGCUGUGGCGAAUGGGAAUGUCGAUCUGGUGAGGCUGCUGGUGGACCAUGGCGCGGAUAUGGAUGCGUCGGUCGGUCUGGGGGUGAUGGAUAUCCCGUUGAGAUUGGCGCGUUGGUUCGACCAGGGAAGGGUUAUGAGGUGUCUGAUAGACAAUGGUGCUGAUACUUCCUGUUUGAAGGCUGAGGAGAUGGCGUAUGUGAAGAAAUACAUCCAUUAG